CCCCCCCCCCCCCCCCCAACACACACACGAAAUCUCUGCCGGCCAACACUCGUUAGUUCACUGUUUGGCGGCCUCGUCGCCACCGUCGUCUUCGGCCAGGUCAUUGAGGCUGGGCUGCCCCUCAGUGUCGGGGAACUUGUUGAUCCACCCCUUGAACGACACCAGCAGCUCGCUGAGCUUCUUUCCUGACACGCGACGACCCUCACGCUCGGCGUCGCCCACCUGACACACACACACACACACACACACGAUGUUUCAACGGUGGGUGUGGGGGACAGUGAGAGAAAGACGUUACCAUGGUAGAGAACUGCUGGACGACGGACGCCCUGGGCACACGGACCUUCUCGUAGGCAGCCACGGCGUCGGGCAGCCGAUGCAGCCACGUGCCGUCACCACCUGCGGUGCACACAGACACACACACACACACACACACACAUGACGCUUGAUCGACGAUUCAGUGCACGGCAGUAGGCAAUACCGUGUUUCUCUCUCAGUUUGCCGAUUUCGUCCACCAGCACGGCGACGUCCUCAAACACCUGGUUGGCCCCCUGCCCGGCCAAUGGGUGCGGCGCGUGGGCCGAAUCGCCCAGCAGCACCACACGACCCUGCACACACACACACACACAGAGGCAUCCUUGCGCCACUCUGCCAUUCUGCGUGUCUGAGCGGCUUGUUCACCCUGGGCGAGCUCCACUUGUCGAUGGCGUCUCGCGAGAACAUGUGCCGCUCGAAGAUCUGCUCCUCAGGCGUGGCACUGAUGGCCGCCAUGAUGUCGCUGUGCUUGCUGCUGUAGUCCGCUCCACCAGUGCCGUCAAGCCGGCCCGUCUUGACGUAGUUGAGGAGCCGCUGCCGCACCCCCUGACGGCCAAUGGCGCUGCGGCCGGGGCGGGAGGCAUCGGGGGCGGGGAGGCGCAGCUGCGCACAACACACACAUGCAGAUAGAUAGAUGCCCCCACACACACAGAGAGGGAGGGAGAUACAUCCAUCCGUGUGACGAAGAGGGCAGAGGGGCGUGUGGGGCGUACGUACGAGCCAAAAGGUGAGACCCGAGCCGGCGUCGACAAGGAAUGCCGAGAGGAAGGGUGUGUUGCUGUCGACCUUGACCACCUCAUGGUCGCCAUGCACCCUCUCACCAACGCUCUGAUCACACACACACACGCGCGCCCACGUAGAUCUUUGUCUCUUUCGUAGCUCUCCUCUCUCUCUCUCUGUCCACCGCGUGGCUGACCUCAGUGGGGAUCAUGGCAUUGUAUGAGAUGUUCUUGUAGUAGUGCGGCGGGUCCUGCACAAGCACCGACGCCGCAAACGGGUUCAGGCCGCCACCUUUGCCCCCAGCCGCCGCCAUCUCCUCAGGGGUGCUCGCAGCCGUCUGCUGCUGCUGCUGCUGGCUGCGCGAUUGCGCCACGAUGUGCGGGCGGAGAGCUGAGAAGGAGCCGUCAGCUGCGACCACUAGAGACGCCCUGUAAGGUAGCCGCCGCACCACCACACACAAGACAAGACAAGACAAGACACACAUGGAGUGUUUUGUGAGUGAAUGGUGUGCUGGAUGUUGAGGGUCGGAUCAUGGUGUGUGUGAUGUCCUUACUUGACGUGGUAGUCGUCGGGCCGUCCUUCGAAGAGCAUACACACGUCCUCUUCGGUCUCGGUCCAUCCGCGGGCGCCAUGGCCGCAGUGCACCACAUCCGACGGCACGUGAGACGCGAAGGUGUUCUGAGCGGCUGUCCACCGCAUCAUGACACACGGGGCGCCGAACUUGUCGACGUACUGAUCGCGCUUCAACGCAGUGCGCGUCUCCUGACCAACACAGCCACCACAGCCGGAAAGGGGCAUGUGCGUGGGGGGCAUGUGCGUGGGGGGUGGGGUUGUUUAUGCUUACCGGCAAUUCGUCUUUGCGUACGACCAGCUGUGAGGAGGGGCAGAAAACGCCGGUCUGCUCGAACUCGUCGGCGAUGUCGCGGUAGGCCAUGCGGAUGGCCUUGAUGCCGUUGGCGUCGGCCAUGAAGAUACCCUGGCAGGGUGUGGUACACACAACACACACACACACACACACGCACGCACGCACACGCACACAUAGCAGACAGACAUCCACGCCGACGUGCAAGGAUGGUAGGAUGGUGUGAUUUGUUCGUUUCGUGCCUGUGAUGCAUUUCUCAACGCAGGUGCGCGCUCAAACACAUGGGCAUCGAUACCGCGCUUCCUAUAAUCGGCAAACACCACACCACACACACAAUGCACUGCAGUGCAGCCACAUCCACCCCUAUUAUGCUCAGUUUCUCACCUGAGUGCGGCGCACAGCAGGAGCCCCCCCAGUCCCCCGCCAGCGAUGGCCACCUGCACCCUCUCGGGGAUGCGCCGGCCGCUCUCCACAUCGCGGCCGCUCUCACCCCACUGCCGGCUCACUGACCUGAGACGCAAAUCAUCAGGAAUGGACGUCUCGCACGCCUAAAACAUGAAAGAAGGAGAGAGAGAGAGGGGGGGAGGGAGGGAGGGAUGGAUGAGUGUGUCGGCCUGUGUGUGAAGGGAAGUGAAUGUGGGCGUCUGUCGUCGGGUGACUGACCUUGAGUAUGGCGGGAAGCGACCACUCCACCGCCUGUGUGGGCUGGGCGAUCUCUUUCUCGGCAGCCGAGCUGCCGCACGCGUGACUGAGGGCCUCGUCGAGCACAGCCCCCAAUUGGCGGGGGACGGGCAGCCAGUCGCCCUCACCCACGGAUGCGCUGUCGCCCUCCCGCUGCUGCUGCGACAUGUAGACGGUCACUUCCCUGCAGACACACCACCACCUGGGUCUGUCUGAGUGUCUGUGCGGUGUCUGUGUGUGUCGGUGUGCUGACUGUGGCAGAGAUGCGGUUGAUGUCAAGAAGGCCUGCUCGGUGUGGGCGGGGUCGAGAGCGACGGCGCCGCCGCACGAUGACAGAAAUCCCUGAAGCAUGAAGACGACGACAGACACACGUAUUUAUUGCGGGGUGCUGUGCUGUGCUGUGCUGUGUCUGUGUUGUGUGUGCGGCUCGCCGGACCUUCAGGAGCGCCUCGGCAACAUAUGGGCAGCGAUGCAGACUGAUCAGGCAGGGUGAGAGAACACACCCACCGCACAUUUGGUGAUAACAGCAUGUGACUCACCCUCCCACUCACCCACCUCUCCGCGUCUGCCCCCUUCUGCGAAGGGAUGACAGCGAAUAUAUCCAGCCGCUGGAUGACAGGCUCACCCGUCAGAGCAUCAACCUCCACCUGACACACACCACACCACACACAGGAUGAUGAUGACACACAGCAAAAUGCAAGCAAUGUGCCCAUCCAUCCCAUUCAUCCGCAGACGGACCAUCCAUCCACGACUCACCUACCUCUGCGGCAGCAGCCACGUCACGCCCUGCCAUCUGUGCCGACUUGACAGCCACGCCCCUCUUGCGCCACCGGUUGUCACCGUUGUGCUUGUCAACCGCCGCACACCGGUCGCCCCAUCCUAUAGAAGCCUUCAGCCGCUCAACCGCCGCACCCUCAGCGCACCCCGCUGCCAUCGCCACAGAGCCGCCAAGCUUGGCACCGGUGAGUGAGAUCUGCUGCCAUUGGUGGCCUUGUUGCUGUGCCAUGAUGGAGAUCGACGGGAGGGGCGGUGUGGGGGUGAGUGAGAGGGAUGGCAGGACGGCGGUGAUGAAUCGUGGGGAGGGGGCGGCGAGGUGUGUGUCGUCGUAGGAGCCGCGGGAGACCUCCCCGCCCAGCAGCACCAGGAACUUGAACAGCAGCGCCUGAGUGCCGCUGGGGACCUGACCGCUCAUCUGACAUCCAUCCCAGUAGCAGGCCACACACACAUCAUUCAAUCACAUCCAUCCAUCCAUCCACCACACCUGACCUGUGCGUUGGCGAUCUUCAGCGCUUCCCAUGCAGUCUCCUCGGUCAGCCCAUACCCCUGCAGGAACUCCUCCACCCGCCCGAGCCGCCCCAUCCCACCCUCCCAGCUCGCACACACCCGCACUUCACGCAGCUGCCGCGUCACCGCAUCCAAUGCUGCCCAGCAACACACGCUGCCCACCGGCCGCCCCGUCCGCACCGGCGAUGCCGUUCUGUAGGCACGAUAGAGCGACUGUGCGGCGUCGAUCGGCUCUGGCAGCGGCAGGGUGACCGACACGAGCAGGUAGUCGCUCCAUUUGAUGGUCUUGUUGUUGGGGUAGCCGAUUCGGUCGAGGAAGGCCUCGAUGGGCAGGGAUGUCGGCUGUGGCUGUGGGUGUUGCUGCUCGCCGGAUGACGACAGGUCGGCUGUGGUGUAGAACUGCACGGAUGCCUGCCAUGUGACGAGAGCGGGAAGCAGGUCGGCGGCCGCGCCGCCCCUGCUGGACCCGCUCAGCUCACGCAGCACAGCACCGCCCACCGUAAGCACGUUCCUCAGACCUCUCGGGGCAACCACACGCAGAUGGUCCGCCAGUGCGUCGAAGUGCGAUGCCUUCAUGUCGGCCCGGUCGUGCCGCUCGAUCGUGUCCAUCACCUGCUGCAGCACCACCGACGCGCCGAAGGUGACGUGAGUCGUCUGCGAGUCGAUGCCGCGCAUGGCCGGCAGGUCGCCCACGGCAAUGCGCGCCUGGCUUUCGGUGAGUGAGGUGUGGUCGAACGUGCUGCUGCCGUAGAGCAGCUCGAAUGAAGGGGCCGGGGUGGCGGAUAGAGUGGCCUGCAGCUGCUGCAUCGAUGUGGGCAGGUGGACGAACGCCGGCAGGUGCUGCAGCGAUGAGGAUGGCGGGAUGGGCGUGGGCGUGGGGCGGAGUAGUGUUUCGAUGAGCGAGAGGGGCGCCUUGGUCUUGUCGGCGAUGUCCUUGGCCAGAAAGGAGGUGUCGAGGGUCGCGAGAAACGACAGCGCCUUGCACAGAUCCGUCGCAUCUGAGCGAUAGAUACGUCAACGAACGCAUGCAUCACGUUAUGCCAUGCAUCCCUCCCACUACCUCCCACUCCACUACCUGACUCACCAUCUCUGUCGCACGGCACACUCGCCACCCAGUCGCGCAUCGCCUCGCUGUCCAUCAGCCCCUCAGCAGACGAAGCGCCACCGCUCACCAGCACCCCCGCCGCACCCACAGCAACGGCCGCACCGACACCGCCCCAUUUCUCGGCCAUGGUCUGCAGCUCCGCGGGCAGGUGCUGCAGCGUGGUGAUGGUGGCGCCCUGCACGGCCACUGCGGACACCAGUCGUGUGUAAGUGGGUGUGGGAGGGGUGGUCCAUCCGCCGUGAAGUCGGUCGGGGAACGACACAAGCGCCGCGAAACACUCAAACUCUGCAGCGGCAGCAGCAGCGGCAGCAGCAGAGGGACAGACAGACAGACAUGCAUCAUCGGCACGUUGCAUGCGUUUGUGUGAGUGGCAGUUAUUCCACCCACCUGUGCGGCCUGUGUGUUGCAGGACAUCCAGGAGCGACGCGUUGGGGUCGAUGCCGGCAGAGGGGAUGCGCGCCGUCUGCCCGUCCAGCUGGUACACCAGCGGACUCAUCUCGCCAGUGCCGUCAGCCAUCUCUUAACCACACACAGAUGGAUGGAUAGAAUGAAGGGCAGAUCUCAUCAAGACGGCAGCAGCCUCGCGACGCG